AGGUUAGGGGGAGGAGAUGAAAGUCAAGAAAAAUAAAGAUGGCUGGAUUGUAUUCAAGUCAAUAAGCUAAGCGGUCGAGGGAAAAAAAAAAAAAACAACACAACCAACCACAACACCACCAUACACACAAAAAGAAACUUGCAUACAAUUUUGGUUCGUCUUUAAGACAGAACUCGAUGUGCAUUGCGACUCACUGUCAGGCGAUUAGUUUCCUGAGCCGCAGACAAGGGUUGCCAGGUGGCACGUAUACAUUUCUGUUGUAAAUAAGAGAUGUUAAGAGACUGGGACAUUUCUGAGAAUCUACUGUAGCGGAGAGAUAAUUGUUACGACAUUCCCUCUCGUUGCAGUGCCAGCCAGCUUCGUCGUACUGUGUGUAGUGGAGCGCUCCCACUCAUGUCUUCUUUGGAGGAGCGCAACGAGGUCGGGCUCCCUGCGGCCGCAGCCCCGGGGUCCUCGGCUGCAGGCCUCGGGGUCGGAGCGUCAGGGCCUGGAAUGGAGCCGCCGGUCGGAGGCUCGGGGCUGCAGCCUGGGCAGGAAGAGCCCGUUUUACGCAGAGAGGUCCCCGGCCAAGACGCCGACCCCGAAGUGCAUCCGAAGAAGCGAGUGAGGCUGCAAGAGGGUGAGGCUGGCAAAUUGGAGGAGAGACUGUACUCCGUGCUGUGCUGCACCGUGUGUCUGGACUUGCCCAAGGCGUCUGUGUACCAGUGUACAAAUGGGCAUCUAAUGUGUGCAGGAUGUUUCAUCCAUCUGCUGGCAGACGCUCGAUUGAAGGAGGAACAGGCCACCUGUCCAAACUGUCGCUGUGAGAUCAGCAAGAGCCUGUGCUGCCGUAACCUGGCAGUGGAGAAAGCAGUGAGCGAGUUGCCUUGUGAAUGUGGCUUCUGUUUAAAACAGUUCCCUCGCAGCGUACUUGAAAGACAUCAGAAAGAGGAGUGUCAGGACAGGGUAACACAAUGCAAGUACAAACGGAUUGGCUGCCCUUGGCAGGGACCUUUUCAUGAGCUGACUGUUCACGAGGCAGAGUGCAGCCACCCCACAAAGACUGGCAAUGAGCUGAUGGGCAUUUUGGAUGAGAUGGACCAGUCACACCGCAAAGAAAUGCAGCUCUACAAUGGUAUCUUCAGUCUGCUUUGCUUCGAGAAAAUCGGCUUUACAGAGGUUCAGUUCAGGCCUUAUCGCACAGAUGACUUUAUUACUCGCCUAUAUUAUGAAACCCCACGCUUCACAGUGCUGAACCAAACCUGGGUCCUGAAGGCUCGUGUAAAUGAUUCGGAGCGUAACCCCAACCUGUCCUGCAAGCGCACUUUGUCUUUCCAGCUGAUUCUCAAAAGCAAGGUGAAUUCUGCUCUGGAGUGCUCUUACCUCCUCCUCAAAGGGCCCUACGACGACGUCAGGAUCAAUCCGGUCAUCUAUCAUUAUGUCUUCAGCAAUGACGCCAAUGAAACUGACUACAUGCCGUUACCAAUCAUUGACUCUGUUGAGUGUAACAAACUGCUAGCUGCCAAGAACAUCAAUCUGAGGCUGUUCAUUUUCCAGAUACAAAAAUAAAAUAAAGUGAAGUGCAUAGGAACUGUGGGGUCCUCGAAAGCCCUGCCAGACUUGGGUCAACUUGAGUCUCUUGGUUUUCCAAGUUCAGACAGCAAGUCAGGCAGCCUUAGAAAGCACCAUUGAACCAUAGAUACCUCUACCGAGACUAAGAAAAAGAAGUGAAUGAGACAGACGGCUGACACACCACAGCAAGCUUGUACGCAUGUGAGCACGAGAGUAGUGUCAUUCGGAAUGAAAUGGUCUGUCAGUUUUAACUUGUUUUUGGUUUGUUUGUUCUUUUAUUGUUCCUUAUGAUGUCAUUUUUAGUACUUACAGGAGCCACCUUAACUGUUACAGCAGUCAAACUCUGAAGCAAAGUAACACUCGGGCUUUUCCCACUGCCUCAUAUUCAGCACUUGAAACAGUAGCUCAGAAACAAAGAACCAAAACGUUUAUUGGAUUGACCUUUCUCUUAGGUUUCUUAAUGGUUUUAACUAACUUGUGAAAAUUCUGUCUAGCUUAGCCUGGCAUUCUUAAGUUUAAGUUUGUUUCAUUAAUGUUCUAUUUAAUGAAUGGCUUAGGAUCUCUCACUUGUGUGUGGCUCUAAUGCAUUUCAUCAAAUGGUGCCCGAUCAUAUCAGAGGAAGUCCUCUUAUUGUUAAAUGGUGCCUGAUGUGUUUCUUUUUUGCACUUGUUUCUAUCAUUGGCGUUCACAGAUUGUAGCCAAGCAGAGCUGACUCUUCAGGUUUUUCUUUCUGUGUGGAACAUGAAUGUCAAACUCAGAUCCUGGAGGGCCACAGUGGAUGCAGGUUUUUGUUCCAGCCAGUUUAUUAAGCAAUUAUCAAUGCUCCUGCAACAUUCUUAAGCUGUGAUUUUAAUGAAGUUGCUUUUUAAGAUUCACUUGUCUUGUUUAUUCCUUAACUAGCAGCCAAACAAACAUGAGAUGCAAAAUGAGCCAACAGUUGACCACUUAAGGCUUACUCCAUAUUGGCUCCAGUACAUUUGGAAACUUUUACAUCCACACAAGUGUUUCCAGAUUAUUUUCUCAAGGUGCGUCUUAGACCAAAAUGCCUAAAUCUUUCAAAUUUUGUGUGUGUGACUUGUCAGCCAAAGGCGAUGAUUGAUUGUUUACGGAGCCAGCAUGAAGGCAUCAGGAAAGCAGAGGGCACCUGAACAAGAAAGAAAACGAACCAGACUUCAGUGUGUGGGCAGACGAUGUACAACUGCUUUGUCACUUUUAAUACAAGCCCAUCUAUUCCAAAGCUAUGGAAAAUAUGGGCGUGGAUUCCUGCCUGUACAUUCAAGCACUUUUUGGUGCAUUGUCAAUCAGCUAACGUAGACAAGUUUCGAAGGGCGCUAUCGCAGCAUGAAAUCUGUGUCUAAUCAUGUGACAAUUACAUGCCAGCAUUUUUGGAAAGUUCAGUUUUCCCCCCAUUCUCACGGGUAGGCAGGAUCCUGGUUUUCACAUUUAAACACAUUGGAGAGCGUUUAGCAAAAACACUAGUGGUUAAAAAAUUUGUUUCAGUAUGGAUGGUAAGCAAGAAGAAAAGAGACGUGUUUGUGGAUGUUUCUAUUUUAGUGCGUGCUAAUCCUAAUGUGGGGUCUCAAACUCAAUUCCUGGAGGGACACCGUUUCAAUGUGUUAAUGAAAAAAAUGAUUCAAUUCAUUGGCAUGGCAGUGGUGUCCUCUUGCCACACCAGAUGUUUCUAAAACGGUUGAUUUUCUUUUUUAGGUAGCAUCAUCAACAUGUUUUAUGUUGUUUCACAGAAAUUCUGAAACUUGAUAUUGUAUAAUGAACUAACAAAUGGGCUCCUCUGUUGGCUCUUUGCAUUUUAUUAUUGUUUGUCAGUUAGCAACUGUUACGGUUUCUGAAUCUUAAAGUAUGUCGCAUCAACAUUAAAACAACAAAAGAAGCGUAAGCAGUACUCGGUUACCAGUUACGAAAGUGGCUGGAAGGAAAGCUUGCAAGCCCUCCAGGACCAGAGUUUGCCAUACAUGCUGCAGGAGUUGUAGAUGAUUGUGCUCACUCCAUGAUCUCCGUUUGCAUGGUACGCAUCCUCGGGUCACUAAAAAACACUGGUGGAUCAUGGCAGGCAGCUUAUCCAAAUUUCAUUGUUUCCUUCCUUGGAGAAAUUUUGGUUACAGCAACAUUUUGGAUCAUUUGAGCCUUUUAUUGCCAAUCAUGCAGUUCAGAAUUUUUACUCUGCUGUAUGAUUCGGAGUGAACUUGUUAAAUGUUGAUUUUUAUUUGUGUGUACUGCUUCAGAGUGAACUGUGAUAGAACAAAGGUUAGCAUGCCCAUUAUGCUUUGACAUUUUUUGGUUUGCUAUCUAUUCUGUGCUUUAAUUUAUUAGUGUAGUUUGUAAAAUGUGCCAGAAGUGGCAGUUGACAUUUCAUUUCUUUAUCAUUCUGACCGGCCAUCUCCGCCUGCUCCCUGACUUAAUGUUCACAUUUAUUAGACAAAUGUGAUCUCGGCUUUGCACGGUUGGCUUCAUGUGGACAGCCUUUUAGUCCUAUGGUGUGCAAAGGAUUCCGAGUUGGAGCAGUUGUAGUUGACUCUGUAUAGAAGCCCACAAUUUUCAAAACCUUUAACUUGAGAAUGUGCCUUUUGCCGCUGAUGGUCAAUGAUUUGCUUGCUUUUUAUUUUGUGUGUGUGUGAGUGUUCUUUUAGGCAUGUCCUAUGGCAUAAAGCUGGAUGAGCAUCACCAUGUAUUUUCAAUGCUGCUUGUCAACACAACAUAGAUUAGACAUUUGGCCUCCAGACAUACUUGAUGAGCUCUUUAUCUUUGUCAAUUCCAACUUAAGUCUUUGCUUGCACAAAAGAAACCAAUUCAAGAAAGGAAAUUUGAAUGCUUCCAUGAAAAAACUGGAGACUGGAUCGCUACUGCCAGUCUCCAAAGAUACCACAGGGCAAACCCAGGACCACAUAUUCAUGAGGCAUCUGUCCUGAGAGGAGACCUGUAACCUUCAUAUUCCUGUAUUUUCCCAGGUCACUUGUGAACCUAACCUGAUUCUCUUGAAGUUGCUUGGCCAGGUUUGUUCUCAGUAUUACAGAUUGAGAAAGAUGAUCUGCUAAUGCUAAUGAUGUUGGUGGGGUACUCCUGCCUUCAUUCAGCUUGCAUUUUCCUUCUCUGUGUGGUUAAUCCCCGUGUGUUUUGUUCCUUGAGUUCACCCUGCACAAAUUCAGGGCUCUUUUUGUAACUACCAAGCCCAGCAAUCUGAUCCAAAUAGGACCUUCGGUGCUGAAGGCUGUGUGUCAUCUUGGGCUUUUAGUUUCUGUGCUGUAAUCGUAUUUAAAAUAAUGAGGUCAUUGAAGGCUCCUACCUAAGCUGACCUCCUGUCCCCAUUCAGAACCAAAGAAACUUAACCAAAGUUGCAGAAAUUUAGAGUAGUGUUAUACUAAUUUGACUGGAUGUUUAUCGACUUGGCUUGUCCAACCGAUUGUAUUGUCACCUCUUGUGUCAAUCUGGCCUCCUGAUUCUUGGUAGAUUGGAUAAACUUCAUUAAUCCCAAGGGGAAGUGUAGAUGCAUACAGCAGCAGAAGCAUAAACAAAUGUGUGGACUCACUGGACAAAUAAUACAAGUGCACAAUCAAUAAAUAGAUAAAUGUAUCUUGUGCAGAAACUACAAAAUGAUCUUAAGAGUAUGAGCGUUUAGUUUCCUAACAUCCAUCCCAUCGUUCUCGUCAGCCUUGUCAUUCAUUUUUAUUAUCCUGUGGAUUGUCCUCAAUGUUUCUUGUGUCAGCUGUACUCGGGUUCUUGUCAUUCAGAUGGCAGAGGUGAUGGCCGCUGUGUGUUUAUUUCCCCAAUGUUUUAUUUUUGGUUCUUUGAUGGUAACUGGAACUGUUGGCACUCUGUGUCUUCAGUCCCAUCUCUGGGGAUUGUGAGAGACCUGGCUCUGUCUCUGUCUUAAGACUUCUCUCCACAGACACCAGUUGGUGUGUUUGUUUUAGAUGGAUUGCAGAAAUGACCAGAAUCUUUAAGGAGACGUUUAGGGCUGGAGGUGAAAUUCUAUUCUAUUAUGACCCAUGGAAACGGAAGAACAGUCUAGUGUUGCAUUAGCGUGUUGUAGGAGUGGCCCAGACAUGAUGAGAUGAAGCUUAAUGGGAAAAAUGCAGCAUUGCCUCAAGCAAGCAGGCUUACUCUUGAGCUGUACGAUGGCACCGUUCCAUCCAGUGGUGAUUGUUGGUUUAGCAGAUCAGGUUGCCUUCACCUGGUUUAUGUGUUCACUUGGUUUAAGGUAUCAGGGCAUCCAAGUACUUCUUCACACACAAGACUUAUCUGCAUCUCUACAAUUGAGAUCAAUGCAACGUCUUCCUGAUGAAGAGGAUAAUUGUAACCCCUUAAUCAGAUUUAUGGCAUUGACCAUUUCUUGGAGACCCUGAACAUGUUUUACAGAUGAGAACAAGACCAUUCAGUCCCCUGGCUUCCUUGUCCUUUUUAAGAUGCAGAAUGUUGGGUCAGCAUUUCCAGUUUCUUAAGUGAGUAGUCCCAGCCCUCAUCUCCAUGUAUUUUGGAUGUUUUUAUUUAAUUCUGCAUGUUUCUGAGUAUUUUAGGGCAAAGAACUUUGCAUGAGCAAGAUGAUCAGUGGAAGUCAAAUAGAAGAAGCUGGUGGGUGAUAUGGGGAAACAAUCAACCUGGAAAAAAUGCUGCCAUGUGUGACUCCUCACUUCUGUCACCCCGAAUGUCCAGGUGACUGUUUGUUGUUGUGUCUUGUGCUUCUUUGAUUAGUUUGUGUUUUUGUGAAUUAUAUUUAUAACAGGCCCUACAGUGUGAUUUGGAUUAAUUUUAUUCUCUGGACGUGUCUGUCGUCUUCACUUUUAACUGCUAGCCCCUGAUUUGCAGUUUCAUGUGAUGUGUUGAGGAUGCAGACUUGUGUGUCCACCAAGCUGGAGCUCAGUUGAAGGGCUGUGAACAUUUCUCAACCCACCCCAUCUUGUGCUGGUGAACUUCUCCGGUGCUGUCUCUCCAUUUUCGAAAGCAGCUGCCCAUCAUUUAUGCCCCAUUGUAGUGCCCUGUGGUUUAACUGUGGAGUGGCACACCAUGUUGGAAUGUUAUGGUCAAGUUCGAUGGCGGGGGGGGGGGCGGUCGGUCUUGUACCCUGCUGCUACCCUGCGCUGUGACAGUGAUGAGAGGGUGUGAAAAUUGACUUGCCAUCUUAGCCAGUCACAUACUGGGGUUGUGUGCCUCAUGAAACUAAACUGGAUUGAUUGCUUCUGCUACUCCCAUUCUGUUGGCACCAUUUUCAUUACACUCUGCCAGCUUGCAGCUAAGCUUGGCAACAAUUACCCUUUUUAAAUCAUUUAGUGACCCACAUUGUCAUUUUGUUACUUUUUCCUUCAAAGUUCUGUCAUUUUUCUAGUUAUUUACUGAUAUUCUUUUAAUGUACGCAUCUGUGAGUCAGGAUCACGUCUACACUAACUUUCUACCUCCUGGCAGGAGAGCUGGUUGGCUUUUGUAACCCUCAAAGCCCCAUCCGUGAGACUCCCAACAAGUCUUCCCAGACCCCCCACUCCCCCCGUGUAGUUAGAUCUGAUUUAUGGUAGAACUGUCCCUCUGGCAUGGCGCACUGGGACAACAGGACCAGCUCUCUUCCCAAAAUAACUGUGUGUGCUUUAAUCCCCAUUGAGGACCCACAGAGUCCUCCUGACUGCCCCUUCCUUUAUGCACCCCCUGCUGUUUAUAGCGCAUAAUGGAGUGCAGCAAGGUCAGUGUCUUCUUGUCAUUUUGUAGCGCACUGCAUGAUGGUGACCGGUGUCGGAAGCAUUUCAUUCUUGAAAUUAAGGAACUUCCAUUGGAGGUCGUUGAGCGCCACCUUUGGGGCCACUGCCUCUGGCUGGGAGAGCCACAUGCUGUGAAGGUGGCCAUAGUGGGCUCCUGGAGGAGGGAGGGAGGGAGGGUAGUAACUAAUAGGAGUAUCUUAGGUUUUUAAUUAAUGACUAAUUAAUUUCACUUGUUUUACAUUAUUAUAUUUGAUGUUCUUAUUACCAAUGUGCUUGUAUUUAAUUUUAUUUCCCCCCCUUUGGAGUUUUGAUCCUUUCUAAUGAUGUUAGAAAUAUUCUGUACUGUAUUUUUUAAUUUCCCUUUUCCAUACACACUGUUCUCAUAGUGUACUAAACUGUGUUCCUAGUAAACAUUUCAGUUGGAUUUGUGUUACUUA